ACUGCCGGUCCCCCCAUUUCGCCGCCGCUUUUCUGGGAGCAGCAGCGACCGUUCCCGAUUUCCCGGGAAUUCCUGGAGCCAUGGAUGGAUCCACGAGCCUCCCCCGCCUGUUGCUGCUGGUUCUGACCCUGCCCGGAAUUUGGGGGGUCGAAGUGCGCCACACCAUCACCCAGACGGAAUUCUACCAAAAAUCCCUGGAUUUAGCGAUCGACAGCUCCGAGUUCAUGUUCGACUUCGACGGCGACGAGAUUUUCCACGUGGAAAACGAGGAGACCGUUUGGAGGCUCCCGGAAUUCCAGGAAUUCACCAGUUUCGAGGCUCAGGGAGCGCUCCAGAACAUCGCCAUCGACAAACAGAAUCUGGAAAAUUCCAUGGCCGCUUCCAACAAUUCCCGGAUUCCCAGCGUUCCUCCGGAAGUGGCGCUCUUCCCGAAACACGCCGUGGAACUGGGCGAUCCCAACAUCCUCAUCUGCUGCGUCUCCAAGUUCUGGCCGCCGGUGUUGCGGCUCCGUUGGCUCCGGAACGGGAUCCCGGAAUUCCAAGGGGUGUUGGACACGCCCUUUUAUCCGGAUCGGGAUAACACCUUCCGGAAAUUCUCCUACCUGCCCUUCAUCCCCCAGCCUGGGGAUUAUUACGACUGCCAGGUGGAGCACGAGGGGUUGGCCGAGGCCAGCGUGGCGCACUGGGAGCCCCAGAUCCCGGCGCCGGCGUCCGAGGCCACGGAGACGGCGAUCUGCGCCCUGGGCUUGGCCGUCGGCAUCGUCGGCAUCGCCGCCGGCACCGUCCUCAUCAUCCGCGGGAUGAAGCUCAGCCACGCCCGCGUCGAGCGCGGAACGCUCUGAAUUCCCGGGAAACGGCCCCGGAUCCUGCCCUGAAUUCCCGGAAUUGUUCCCAGAUCCUGCCCUGAAUUCCUGGAAUUGUUCCCAGAUCCUGCCCUGAAUUCCUGGAAUUGUUCCCAGAUCCUGCCCUGAAUUCCUGGAAUUGCUCCCAGAUCCUGGGAAUUGCUCCCAGAUCCUGCCCUGAAUUCCUGGAAUUGUUCCCAGAUCCUGGGAAUUGUUCCCAGAUCCUGCCCUGAAUUCCUGGAAUUGUUCCCAGAUCCUGGGAAUUGUUCCCAGAUCCUGCCCUGAAUUCCUGGAAUUGUUCCCAGAUCCUGGGAAUUGUUCCCAGAUCCUGCCCUGAAUUCCUGGAAUUGUUCCCAGAUCCUGGGAAUUGUUCCCAGAUCCUGCCCUGAAUUCCUGGAAUUGAUCCCAGAUCCUGCUCUGAAUUCCCGGGAAUCGCCCCCAAAUCCUGCCGUGAAUUCCUGGGAAUUGCUCCCAGAUCCUGCCCCAGAUCCAGCCCCAAAUCCUGGGAAAUGUCCCCAGAUCCAGCGCCAAAUCCCAGGAAUUGCUCCCAGAUCCUGCCCUGAAUUCCUGGAAUUGCUCCCAGAUCCUGCCCCAAAUCCUGCCCCAAAUCCUGGGAAUUGCCCCCAAAUCCUGGGAAUUACCCCCAAAUCCAACCCCAAAUC